AUUACUGGGCCAAUAUGAAAAGUCACUUAUAGAUUUAAAUAAAGUAUUGGAAAUUAAUCAAACCGAUGAGCAUGCACUUGUUAAUCGUGGGGUAACUUAUAAAUUGUUGGGUCGAUAUAAAGAAUCACUUGAGGAUUUAAAUAAAGUGUUGGAAAUUGAUCCAAACGAUACUUUUGCGCUUAGAAGUCGUGGGGAAAUUUACAGAGUUUUAGAACAAUAUAAUGAUUCACUCAUCGAUUUAAAUAAAGCAUUGGAAAUUGAUCCAAACGAUACUUUCGCACUUAAUUCCCGCGGCAUUAUUUUCGGAAUUUUAGGCCAAUAUGAGGAUUCACUUGCAGACCUGAAUCGGGCAUUAGAAAUUAAUCCAAGCGAUACGGAUUCGCUUAGAAAUAGAGGCGCUACUUAUCAAAAAUUGAACUUAUUUGAAAAUUCACUUGCAGAUUUUAAUAGAGUCUUAGAAAUUGAUCCAAAGGAUGAAAUUGCUUUAGAAAUUAUUGCUGAAAAUCAUAAAACAGAAUGUAUAAGACUACAUCUUGAAUCAAAUUUUAAUAAUUGGACAUCUAGUAAUGUAUUUAUCGACCAACUUAUUCAAGUUUGUCAAGCAAGAAAUCCAAGGCCGAACACAAUCAUUGAAUGGGUACCUUUUGAGAAAUUUAAGAAUGUCGAAUAUAAAACAAAAGGUGGAUUUGGAUCUAUAUACACUGCCAUUUGGACUGACGGUUGGGUUAUUGAAUGGGAUAAUAAUAAUAAAAAUUUUAUAAGAUCUGGAUCUAAAGAAAUCGUCUUAAAAUCAUUGAAUAAUUCCAAUAAUCCAAAUAUAGGAUAUUUUAAGGAGGCGAUGUCUCAUAUAAUAUUUUCAAGCCUUGGAUCACUUGGUGUAAAAUGUUAUGGAUUGACUAAAUCUUCCGAAAAUUCAGAAUAUAUGUUAAUCUUAAAAUACAUGAAAAGUGGAAAUCUUGAUUCUUUCAUAUUUAAUAAACAUAAUAAAUUUUGCUGGAAGGAAAUAUACUUGUUGCUUCAACAAAUACUUAAAGAAAUUACUCUUAUUCACAGUUCUAACAUGGUACAUCGAGAUCUUCAUCCUGGAAAUAUUCUCUCUGACCAAGAUAGAUGGUUUAUUAGUGACCUUGGCUUUUGUGGACCUGCCGAUAAAGAUCCUGCUAAACAAACAUUUGGAAUCAUUCCUUAUAUUGCUCCUGAAGUUUUUUAUUUUAAUAAAUAUACAACAGCAUCAGACAUAUACAGCAUAGGAAUAAUUAUGUGGCAACUUGUUACGAGAUGCGUCCCAUUUGAUGGAUGUGAACAUGAUAUUAGUCUUUUAAGGAAUAUUUGUAAAGGACUUCGUCCACAAGUUAUCUCCGAAAUCCCCGUUGACUAUGAAUGCAUGAUGAAAAGAUGUUGGAAUGCCAAUCCUUUACAGCGACCAAAUGCACAAGAGUUAUAUGAUUAUUUUAAUAAGACGCUUGAACAAAUUAAUAACGGAGAACUUUUAUUACCGGAUUUAGACUUUAAACCGUCUCUUUCACAAAAAUAUUUAUUCAAUAACUUUAAAAGCGUAAAUUUUAAUUUUAAAGACGAGCUAAGCUUAGAUGAUGACAUUAAUGAAAUCAUGCAUAAAAAUAAUAUUGUUCGUGGAAUUGUACUUAGAGAAUUAAAUAAAUAUGAAGAAUCAAUCGUAGAUUUCAAUAAAUCAUUGGAAGUCGAUGAAAGUUCACUCGGAUACCGGGGAAUUACUUAUACAAUGUUAGAUCAAAAUGGAAAGUCAUUUACAGAUUUAAAGAAUGUAAAUGUGUUUUUAGAGCGAGGAAUUACUUAUUUACAUUCAAACCGAUAUAAAGAAUCACUCGAAGAUUUAUGCAAAGUAUUGGAAAUCGUUCCAAGUAAUACUCUUGCGCUUGUAAAUCGUGCAAUUGCCUAUAAAAAGCUAUAUCGAUAUGAAGAGUCAAUCGUAGAUCUUAAUAAAGCAUUGGAAUUUGAACCAAAUAACGCAGAAAUACUUAGCAUACUACUUCUCUCUACUAAUUCUCCAUGGAAUGUAGAUUUAUAUGAAGAAUCAGUAACCAAAUCCUGUAACUUCAAAUUAGAGCUUGUGACGCAAUCUAGAGCUUUAUUCUACGAACUCUGA